AAACACAGGAGGGAAUGGGUAGGAAAGGUUAAAAUCGGGUAUAUUCUCAAUGUUCUUAAAUUAAAAUAAUAGAUUCACGAGAGAGUUGCCAACCAUACUGUUGUUUGAAAGGUAGUUUUCUUAUAAGGGAUGUGAUUUUGUUAGAGAUAAAUACAUUAAGUAAGUGUCGGAAUAUGAGUUGAUGAAUCCCACACAAUGGACUCAGUAUAAUGGAAAAAUAUGAUGAAGAUGUCUAUGAAAAUCCCUUUUUUACAGCUCUACAAAAUGACUACAGCCAACUAUACGAUGAAGCGACAUCAUUAAGAUGCACACUGUGUAUUCCGCAGUAUUCUGUGGCAGAAAAAAAUAGAAUAACUGAAGAUGAUCUAAAAGAUCAUAUUUUGACCUGUGAAGGAGAUGGAAGUGGGUUAAAAACAUGGUCUGGCAAGGCUGUCAAAAUUGAGGACAACUGUGUAGUGGUGGUAUUGGAUAAAAAAGAAACAAAGGUCAGAAUAUUAUUUGAAGAGGCGUUCUACAACAACAAUGAUGAAAGCUAUCAAGUUUUCUGCAUAGAGUACUUUUUAAACAAGCCAGCACCUGAAAGUCACAAAAAAGAAGAAGUGACACAGGAAACAAUUCCUAGAUCUUUUGAAGAAUGGAAAGCUCUCCUUUUCAAUCACCAUGGUGGGAAAAGACUUCAAGAGACACUUGACAAACAGCUGGAACCAUUUUCCAAGCAAUACAAAAAUCUGGCCACCGAAAAAUUCAUCGUGAUUGUGGAAGUAGCAAGUACACAGUUCACUAAAGCAAUGCAGACAGUUUUGAAGGAUUCCUCAGUUAGAAGACGAGUGCACGAGAGCAGAAAGGAGAUGGACAUCUUGAAAUCAGCGGUAGAGAUGUACAUGAUGGUUUCCAUUCACCGUGGACUCUUUCAAGCCGUUCAAACAAAUCUAGCAGCGGAGGAUGCUGAGGUGAAUAAGUCUAUGCGGACUCUGUCUGACAUCAAACUGGACGAGCUGGGAAUCCGACAGGAAUUCAUGUACAAUAUCAAACAGGCCAAAAAGGAGUUACAAACUCUCAACAAGUAUGGGUCACCACUGGGACGGCUUCUGUGUCUCAAGAGAGUUGUGUCUCACCUCAGUACCCCAAUCAAAAAUACAAACAAAAAAGAUCAAUCAUUGAUGUUGACGACCGAUGAAUUCCUUCCUAUUAUGAUAUACCUUAUAAUCAAAUCAGAAAUCCCAAACUGGAUGGCAAAUCUACGAUAUAUGAAGGAAUUUCACUUCUCUAAAGCAUACAAUUUUGAUGAAUUCAUGUUUUAUUUGACAACUGUCGAGGCAGCAAUUGAGCAUAUUAGAAGUGGAUCCUUGCAGAAAGAAGCCAUUAAAUCAUAUUCUCUCAAGAACAAGCAGGCGAGUCAUCAGUCUUCAGGCGCAACUAAAAGUGUAGACAGAUUCUUCAGUUAUGUUGAAGGUGGGGACGAGGCUGCCGUGAGACUGAUGCUGGGGAAACCGAACACUCCAGAGGAGAGCAUCAUCCUACAGAUGUGUCACCCCCUGUGCUCCUGUAGCAAAUGCCGUGCACUAUUACGCCAAAAUCCAACAGAGAAAACGCUAGUGACAGCAUACACCAGAGAUGAACAUGGCUACACUGCUCUUCACAUUGCUGCAUUGCAUGGCCAGGCCCACCUUGUGGACCUUUUGAUUCAACAUGGUGCAGUUGUGAAUGCUAGUGAUUAUCUUGGAUACACACCACUUCAUCUGGCAUGUCAAAAAGGCUACCAAAAUAUUGUUCUGUUGUUGAUCCACUUUGAUGCAGACUGUACGCAACCUGAUAGUGUUGGAAAUACACCUCUACAUAUGUGUGUGGACAGUGGCCAUGAAGAUUGUGUGAAGGCUUUACUAUUUGCCGAUAAAGUCAGGACCUGUAUUGAUAUGAAUGCCCAGAAUAACAGAGGGGAUACGCCUCUCCACCUAGCCUCCAAAUGGGGAUACGAAUCCAUCAUUCAGACACUGCUGGAUAACAAUGCACGAAUUGACAUCAAGAACCGCAAGAAACAGACCCCUUGCAAUGUGGCCCAGAAUGCCCACAUACAGAAGAUGUUCAAGCAGUAUGAUUCCAUGCCAUCAGUCAUGACAGGGAGACAAAAGUCUGAGUCUCUAAAAGACUAUGAGGUUGUGAGUAUACCAAAGCCUCGCAAAGACUCGGUGGAACCUGUCACUGCCUCUCCAUCCUCACCCUCCAAACUCUUCACCCCUGUAGUGGCCUCCCUGGACCAGGUCAGAAACCACAAAAUCUCCUUACUCUUCAAAGCCAUCGAGCAGGGAGACAUUCCACUGGUGAUGUUUCAUAUGAAAUGGAACAACACUGGCCCAGAGAGUGGUCCUUCCUCCCCAGAGGCUGUGGGUGACCAGGAGCUGUGUCACCCCUUGUGUCAGUGCCCGAAGUGUUCAUCCCUUCAGCAGGGUUCAGUUUCCUCUGAAAAUUCUCUAAAUGUAAAUAUUGCUGAUGAUAAACUAUUCCGGCCACUCCAUAAGGCUUGCCAGGCACAGAAUCUGGAUCUAGUCAAAUUGUUCAUCAACAAAGGUGCAGAAGUUAAUGUUCAUACAAAGAAAGGCAUAACUCCACUUCAUCUUGCUGCUAUCAAUCAGAAUACUAUGAUUGUUCUCCAUCUCUUAAAACACGGUGCCAAGGUUAAUGUCAGGGACAGUUAUGGUGAUACACCGCUUCAUCUGAGUUGUUACAAAGGAUGCAAGGACACUGUAGACUGUCUACUAAUGUACCAGGCAAAAGUAAACAUAUCAAACUCAAUUGGCAACACUCCUCUACAUAUAGCUGUGAAAACGAGCUCCGAACCAGUAAUAGUAAAGCUUUUGGCAGAGGGAGCCUAUCCAUUAGCCAAAAAUAAAGAAGGUCAUACUCCUUUUGAUUAUACAAAGGUCCCUCGAAUACGAGAUUUACUCAACACUCAUAUUACAAAGAAGGAACUUUCAGCAACCUCACCUAACAUUGUAGCAGAUAAGGAGAUAAAAGCUUCCCCAACUACUCCUGAUAGUAUUCGAAACAUAUUUGCUUCUUUCGAGGGGAGAAGUCGGGAGAAUUUACUGACUCUGACCUCGUCAAUCAAAUGUGUUGACCGAAGGGAGAGUUUAAAGAAAACACCGGAAGUCAAUGACAGAAGUAACCCGGAUCUCCGCUCAAUCCGACAUUCCUUGUCCAUUCAAAAUUUCGAUUUAAGCGGACUUCGACAUGUUGAGUUAUUGGACAAAAGUGAACCCUUGUAUAUUUAUAGAUUAGCUAUGAAUAUGGCUUCCGAUGAUUCAGAAACCACACGCGCUCAAGCUUUUGCCGAGAAUUCUGAUGCUGAGGAUGAUGUUUUUGAAAAAACAGAAAGUAUUGAAAAAGAUACCAAGAAUCAGGAUAGUGAACUUCAAGACGAGCAUGUAUCGUCCAAAUCUCCUCUGAUUAUCCCAGACUCUAAAAAAUCAGCGGAUUCCGCAGUAGAAGAAAAUAACGAAAGUCAAAGCGACAAUAUCAUUACCAAUCAAAUUGUGAAUAAUAAUGGUGAUAUUAACACAAACACUGAGUAAUCAUUCACCAAAGCAUUUGCGAAGUAUUAUAUUUGAUUAUAUUUGAUAAGAGUCUGGAAUUGCUUCAUAGAUUUAACGUUACAUAGUAUUUAUUUUGCACAGAUACACAAGUGAAGUGUAUUAUUUAUGAAAUUUAUAUUUAUUUACGUUUUGCAGAAAUAAAAGUAUUCAUUUAA